UUCCCUUCCAUUGAAUCUUUCUUUAUUAUCAAUACAGAGAAUAAUUUUCUCUGUUAAAAGAAAUCUGCCCGCUUUUGAUCAUUAAACUCAAACCCAGGGAAAGAUUUGGAUUUUCAAGCUUCAAUCUUUCGGGAAUGCGGGCAGAUUUGGUCUAGAUUCUGUACUUGUAUAUACUUUUAGAACAUUUAUUUGUUUUGUUUAUCAUCAUUUGUAAAUUAGAAAUUACUCAGUUUGAAAAUUUGUUGAAUUGUGGUAUAAAGUUUAUAUUUGAUUUUGAAGCGAAGGAAAAAAGUUGAGAAUUUUGAUGGGUUUUCUUGUUGAUUCGCAAAAGGAAGGUGGAUUUGGUGUAUUGGGAGGUUGUUUUAGGAGUUUAGUGAGGAGAAAACAAGUUGAUUCUGCACAUGUUAAAGCUAAUGGUCACCAUCAGUUAGCCAAGGAGCUGUCUGUUCCUCACCUUAUUGCAAUUGGUGUUGGUUCAACAAUAGGAGCUGGAGUUUAUAUUCUUGUUGGAACUGUCGCUAGAGAGCAUUCUGGUCCUGCUCUUACAAUUUCCUUUCUGAUAGCUGGAAUUGCUGCUGCUCUCUCUGCCUUUUGCUAUGCAGAGCUUGCGAGCCGAUGUCCAUCUGCCGGCAGUGCUUAUCACUAUUCUUAUAUAUGUGUUGGAGAAGGUGUUGCGUGGUUGAUUGGCUGGGCUCUAAUAUUGGAAUACACAAUUGGUGGAUCAGCUGUUGCUCGUGGCAUAUCCCCAAAUCUGGCAUUCUUCUUUGGAGGCCAGGAUAGUUUGCCCAGUUUUCUAGCACGUCAGCAUAUUCCUGGCCUUGAUAUUACAGUUGAUCCUUGUGCUGCAAUUCUAGUAUUUAUUGUUACUGGAUUCUUGUGUUUGGGAAUCAAGGAGAGUACUGUGGUACAAGGUACAGUCACCGUUGUGAAUGUCUGUGCGAUGCUUUUUGUCAUAAUAGCUGGCAGUUACCUGGGCUUCAAGACUGGAUGGGCAGGAUAUGAGCUUCCUACUGGGUAUUUUGCUUUUGGAGUAGAUGGGAUGCUUGCAGGGUCUGCAACAGUCUUUUUCGCGUACAUUGGUUUUGAUUCAGUUGCUAGCACUGCUGAGGAGGUAAAGAAUCCACAGCGAGAUUUACCGUUGGGCAUAGGGCUUGCACUAUCUAUUUGUUGUACUUUAUACAUGCUGGUCUCAGUUGUUAUUGUCGGACUGGUACCUUAUUAUGCAAUGAAUCCUGAUACUCCCAUCUCUUCUGCAUUUGCUACACAUGGCAUGCAAUGGGCUGCGUACAUAAUAACUGCCGGAGCUGUUAUGGCUCUCUGUUCAACAUUGAUGGGCUCGCUUCUUCCUCAGCCUAGGAUUUUGAUGGCAAUGGCUAGAGAUGGAUUGUUGCCACCAUUCUUUUCAGAUGUUAAUAAGAGUACCCAAGUUCCUGUAAAGAGCACAUUGGUGACUGGUCUUGGUGCUGCUACUUUGGCAUUUUUUAUGAAUGUUGACCAGUUGGCAGGCAUGGUCAGCGUGGGCACACUUCUUGCUUUUACCAUGGUUGCAAUUUCUGUAUUGAUACUCAGAUAUGUGCCACCAGAUGAGGUGCCAUUUCCAUCCUCACUUCAGGACACAAUUGAUUCUGUGUCAUUGCGGUACAGUGCAAGUAAUGGUGAAAAGCCUGGAGUUGAAGCUGGUACUUCAAUCACUUUGCCUUUAUUAGGCAAAAAUAAGAAGCUAAAGGCAGCUGAAUAUCCUAUAAUUGUAAAACAAGAAGCUGAAGACAAUUAUGUCCUAAAAGAAGGAACCAGAAGAAAUAUUGCUGGUUGGACCAUAGCAUUCACAUGUAUUGGUGCAUUUCUUCUUACAUAUGCAGCUACAGAUUUGAACCUACCUGGGCUUCUUCGCUUUACGUUAUGUGGUGUUGGCGGUGCUCUUCUUCUGUUUGGUCUGAUUGUGCUGACUCUUAUCGAACAAGAUGAUGCAAGGCACAGCUUUGGGCAUUCUGGAGGAUUUAUUUGUCCAUUUGUUCCACUCCUUCCAAUCAUCUGCAUUCUCAUCAACCUGUACCUGCUUAUUAAUCUGGGUGUUGCUACCUGGACACGGGUUUCAAUCUGGCUCCUCAUUGGAGUGAUCAUUUAUGCAAUCUAUGGUCGAGCUCACAGCUCGUUGUUAGAUGCGGUGUACGUACCUGCAGCUCAUGCUGAUGAAAUUUAUCGCACCUCUGGAGAUAGUUUGGCAUAGAGAUAUUAGACAUGCCAGUAUCCCUUCUCACGUAAUUCUUACAGCAGAAUCUCGUUGUUGUAUUGUAUGAUGGCAUUCCUCUGAAACGCCGUCUCCCCACCAUUUCUUUGGCUUCUAAAAUGCCCUCCCCUCGCUCACUUGUUUGUAUUCUUAUAGUUAGCAGUACUGUGGCUGAAAUCAGUCUCUCAUGUAUAUAGUAUUGUAUUAGAGGGGUGACUAAAUGUAAAUAUAUUGCCAAUUUAAGAAUGUAUUUUUUUUCUUUCUUUCUGUUUA